UGUGCAUCAGGCAUGACAGGUGAUUGAUCAGGACUAAUGGAAGGAUGGUUGAUAUCGGUCACUAUCAGUUGAUAUCAAUUGACAUUCAAUGAGGCAUAAUUGAAAUUGUGAUAUAGAAAAAAAGCAAAAAAUGACUGAUUAUUUCGAAUCGUUAAGAGCACGUGAUUUAAUUAUCCUUGACGUAUCAGAAGAUUACACAUUGGGAUGCAUAAUAAUACACAAAAGGAUACGUAAUAUACGACCAUAUUACAAGUGACGUAACGUUUUUAAGGAUUCUCUUGUUGUUUCUUUUUUUCUUCUCUCCCAUUAUAUACUUUUAGUGUAUAUUAUAUAAAUGUUUCGAAAGUGCAAUUUCGUCAAGCGACUUUACGGUGUUGCAAAUGCAUCAACAGAGAUUGCCGCAGUUGCAGAGACCUCGACUCGAUUGCAGCUGCUUAGAACAAGAUUGCAAGAGGAUGAACAGCAUGGAAUACUUACAGAUACAUUUGGGCGUAAACAUACGUACCUCAGGAUAUCUGUCACAGAGCGCUGCAAUCUUCGCUGUACAUAUUGCAUGCCUGCAGAAGGCGUUAAGUUGACCAAGAAAGAAAAUAUUUUGAGAACAGACGAGAUAAUACAGAUAGCUGAUCUUUUUGUCAAGGAAGGAGUACGAAAAAUACGUUUGACUGGUGGUGAGCCCACAGUUCGUAAAGAUAUUGUUGACAUUGUUGGGCAACUGAAACAAUUGGCAGAUUUAGAACAGAUUGCAAUCACAACUAAUGGUUUGACUCUGACUCGUCAGCUGCCAGCUCUCCAAAGAGCAGGAUUGGAUGCAUUGAAUAUAUCACUGGACACUUUGAGAGAGGAGCGCUUCGAGAUAUUUACUCGCAGGAAAGGUUGGAUGAGAGUUAUGGCUUCUAUAGAUCUUGCUGUUCAGCUUGGUUAUAAUCCUGUAAAAAUCAAUUGUGUGAUAAUGCGAGGACGGAAUGAUGAUGAAAUAAUUGAUUUUAUCGAUUUCACAAAAGAACGCCCUAUCGAUGUACGUUUCAUAGAAUAUAUGCCAUUUCAAGGAAACGAAUGGAAAGAAAAUAAGAUGGUUUCUUUCGACGAGAUGAAAAGAAUAAUCCGAAAAAAAUAUCCAGAUUUCCAAGCUUUGCCGAAUCAGCCCAACGAUACGUCCAAGGCCUAUCACGUGCCAGGAUUUGUAGGGCAGGUUGGAUUUAUUACAUCCAUGAGCCAACACUUUUGUGAUUCGUGCAAUCGCUUAAGAAUAACAGCAGACGGAAAUUUGAAGGUAUGUUUAUUUGAAGGAAAAGGUGAAGUCUCGCUUAGAGACGCUUUGCGAAAUGGAGCUUCGGAAGACGCACUUAAGGAUUUGAUAAGAAAAGCAGUGUCGCGGAAAAAGAAGCAACACGCAGAUAAUCAUAUAGAGAAAUUUUAUCACAAAAUGCACAAGUACAAAAUGUAUAACGUCGCAUCGAUGCGAUAUAAAUAUUUACCGUAUACGUCUAUGUACCUUAAAAAUAAUGCUAGUAUUAGAAUGUAUUCAUCAUUAUCGCACAUAGAUGAGGCCGGUAAAGCAAAUAUGGUAGAUGUCGGAUGGAAGAACGAUAGUAAACGCGUGGCAAUAGCGAGAGGUUUCGUCAAGGUAGGUCCUAUUAUCAGUAAUCUGAUUGCGGAGAACAAUGUGAAGAAAGGUGACGUGUUAUCGGUGGCCCAAUUGGCCGGUAUCAUGGCAGCGAAACGUACCUCCGACCUUAUCCCCCUGUGUCAUCCGCUCGCCUUGUCUUACGUAAACGUAUGUCUAAGAUUGAACGAGGAAUUACACAGUGUAGAAAUUAUAUCAGAGGUCAGAUGUACCGGUAAGACGGGUGUCGAAAUGGAAGCUUUAACCGCCGUGAGUAUAGCGGCGCUUACAAUCUACGACAUGUGCAAAUAUGCAGCUACUCCUGGUACAAUGCAAAUACAUGGUAUAGAAUUGAUAUCAAAAACGGGUGGUAUAAAGAGUAACUUUGCAAUAGACAAAGAGUAAACAAUUUAUUUUUAUCCCAUCGAUGAAUUAUGAUGCAUUUUGCCGUGUUUCUAGCAUUUUAAAUAAUACAGAACAGUAUGUAUACAAAAUGUACUAAAGGGCUCAAAGACGCAAGUAUAAAAGCAAGGAGUUAUUAUGAAUGUUUAAAUUGUUUCGAAUAUUUAUUAUUUGAUUUUUAUAAUGUUGUAUUUUUAUAGUUUAUUUUAUUGCAUAAUAUUUUACUAUAUAUAAUAUACAAAAUUUUAUAUAUAUCUUUCAUAUGUAUAUAGAUAGCUAUAACGAAAUAAUUAUAGCAUUAUAUUAUAUAGAACAGAAUUCUUUUAAAUUCUGAGUAUAUGUAUCAAAAGAAUAAUCAAUCUUGCAUAAUUAUUAAUUUCGAAACGGAUGCAUACAUUUUAUCGGAGAACUAUUUUAAUAUAUUUUUAUAUUUAUGCGCUAGUGAUUAAUGCAAAGAUAGUUUAUUAUUCGAUUAUACGAACCAGCAUAAUAUAUAUAGAAUAACGAAAAUUUCAAUGAAAUAUUUAAUAAUUUUUCAAAUUUAUUUUUUCAUAAUUUAAACAGGUUCUCAUAUAAUGAUAGUCAAUCCUAAUAGAUGUAAGUGAGAAAAGCCUUAGAUUUAUACAAAAAGAUAGUAAAAAUUACGAAUGAAACAAUGUGCUUCCGCAUGUAUUAAUCAAUGUAGAAAUAUUUUUACAUAAAUAAAAAAUGUAUUUGUGUUAGUUUAAACAAAUGUACACAUAUAUAUUUGUUUGGAUUAAAAACGGAGUUAGCUGAAAAAUUACUGUGAUUAUGUACAAAAUCAGAGAUAAAAAUAAUCAUAAGAGUAAAUAUUUCAUACAUAUUGUUAUGUAAAAAAUUGGAAAAGAAAUUGAGAGCGAA